UACUCGUCAUCCGGUCAAUGUCCAAAUUUAAACACCCAUGCGCUGUGCAUGCACUCAGAAACGAGGAUAAACAAUCUCCCAAAAAGUCUACGAAAAUGUCCUUUCCGAAGGCAAAGACGAAACGAUUCAAUGAGAUCGAUUCCUGUGCCCCUCCCGUUGGCUCCUACAACGUGAAAGGCCUCGAUAAAUCGGCCGGUCCUGCUAGCUUUGAAAAGUCCACCCGUUUCAAAGAACCAAAAGCCCCACCGCCCGGAUCGUUACAGCAAGCUCACUCCAACAGCUCCACGUCGCUGCCAGAGUCUGGCAGGACUCCGUCCAAGUUCUUGAAUUCCACCGCGGACUCUUCCUUCCUCAAGUCCAGUGUCAAUUUCACGCCAUGCAAGCACGACAAGGAGAUACAAGAACUGAAACAAGAGCUUCGGCAGCAGAAGCAGGAAUGGAGCGACGCCAGCCGGGAGCUGAGCCAGACCCAGGAGAAGCUGGCCAAGGCCGAGGGUAAACUACAGACCACGGUCCGAGAGAAGACCGCCCUCGCUGGGCAGCUGGCGAGCAAGGACCGCGAGGUGGCUGACCUGCAGAAGGCGAGGGAUGUCCUGCAGACCACGGUCCGGGAGAAGACCGCCCUCGCUGGGCAGCUGGCGAACAAGGACCGAGAGGUCGCUGACCUCCAGAAGGCGAGGGAUGUCCUGCAGACCACGGUCCGGGAGAAGACCGCCCUCGCUGGGCAGCUGGCGAGCAAGGACCGCGAGGUGGCUGACCUGCAGAAGGCGCGGGAUGUCCUGCAAACCAAGGUUAGUUCCUUGGAGGGCAACAGCACCAAACAUGAGAGACUGGUCGAUGAGCUGUCCUCAGUCACAUCCAAACUUGGUGCUAAACAACAGGAGUUUGAAACAUUCAAGUCGACCAUGGAGUUGAAAGUUCACACAUUGGAGGCCGAUCUGGAAGAAUCGAGAUCCAAGAUGGCCGCCAUCCACCAGACAAAAGAAGCGCUAGAGUUGAAUAAGACGGAGUUGUACGCACACAGCGAAGACUUGGAAAGUGAGAUCAGCAAGUUACACUCAUUAACAGAUCAGUUGAGACUGGACAAUGUGGAUCUGGGCAAUCAACUCGAGAAAGAACAAGAGCGAAAUGAGUUUUUACACAAGGAAGUGGAGAGGACCUUGGAUAACAGCAAGAGACGGGCGCAGGAGAGAGAGGAGGAAUUGCAGCAACAACUCAAGCAAUCUCUGCUGAAGCAGGAGGAGUUACAAGCAGCGCUGGAGUCUGCCGAGGAGCGUCUGGCCGCCUUGCAGGUCGCCUACGAUGCCGAGACAAGACAGAGAGCUGAUAUGGAGCCCCAGUUGUCCACCGCAUGGAACACCAUCGGCAAACUGCAGAACCGGAAGAAGGAGCUGCAGGAGGAGCUCAGCCAGGUCAGGUCGGAGGUCAAAGUUCAGCAGGACCUCGCCGAGGAGGAGCGGCAGAAGAGGGUGGAUGCAGAAACGAAAGCAGAGGAACUGAACGAGGAGUUGAAGAGGGAAUUUGGACAGAGUGUUGCUGAGGUGAACCAGCUACAGGGAGAGCUGUCUGUCGCUCGGCAGCAGAUGGCUGACUUCAAGACGAAGCUGAGGCAAAGCGAUGAGGAGCACCUGGAGGAGAUGACCGAGGCGGAGGAAUCUGCCGAGGAGGCCAUCAACCAGCUUCACCAAGACCUUGAGGCUGCCAAGGAGGAGAUCAAUCAAUUUCACCAAGACAUUGCACUGGCCAAGCAGCAAACAGCAGAGGUGAAGAAUGUGCUCCUUGAGCGAGAGGGAGAUCAUAAGAAGAUGACGGCCACUGCUGAGGAGUCUGCCAAGGCAGCCAUCAACCAGCUUCAUGAAGACCUCGAAGCUGCUAAGCAGCAAGUCCAAGAGGCUCAGAUCAUGUUCCUAGAGCAAGAGGAAGACCACAAGAAGAAGGUAGCUGCCAUCCAGGAAUCCAAUCAGGCCAUGAAGCAAGAACUAUCCACAGUUCAGCAGGAGGUGGCAGAUGCCAAGAGGCAACUCCAGGAACAGGAAGAAGAACAUCUCAAGGAGAUGUCUACCAUGAAGGAAUCCUGCCAGAGCAUCCGCGAGGAUGUGAAUCAACUCCAGAAGGAGCUUUCCAUCUCCAGGCAACAGACGGUGGAUGCGGAGAGGCGUCUCCGGCAAGGAGAAGAGGACCACCUCAGGAAGCUGGCAGCCUUGGAGGAAUCCACCCAGGCCGUUAAGCAGGAGUUCAGCCGGCGACUGGUGGACACUCAGACACGGCUGUCCAUGAAGAAUGCAGAAGCACAGAGACUGCUUGGGGAGCUAGAAGGCACUAACGAGCAACUUCAGGAAGAGACUUGCAGGAGGAAGGCCAAGGAAUCGGAAUUUACUUCUCUGAAGAACACUCACAAAGAAUUGGAGGCAUCCCUGAAAGCAACAAUCUCCAGCCUUGAGGAGAAGACUAACCAGCUGGAUGCCAAUGGCUCAGACAUGCAGCGAACCAUCGCCAACUUGACGCAAUCAGAGCAGAAUCUGCUGGCUGCUAAAACAGACCUGGAGAAGGAGACUAGUCAGCUCAGAGCUAGUCUUGAGCACAAGGAGCAGGAGGCAGUCAUGCAUGAGAAAUCUGCUGCCGAGACUAAGUUGCUGCUGGAGGAGACAACUAGCCAGAUGAGCGCUAGAAUCCAUGAACUAGAGGAUGAAAUCAGUGUUCUUAAAAAAUCUGAGGUCGCUCUGAGGUCGCACAAGAAUUUUCUCCAAGAAGAGAACUCCAAGAUGAAGGACAAAGUCUCGGAGCUACAAGAGACCAGAAGUAGCCUGGAGCAGGAGACUUGUCAGCUCCAAGACAAACUCAGCAAGAUAGAGGAGCAACGCGAGAUGUUUCAGAAGUCGGCCGGGGAGAUGAAGUUACUACUUGAGCAGACAACUAGUCAGAUGAAGACACGGAUCAGCGAGCUCGAGGAAGAAGUCAGCUCAUUCGAGGAAUCGGAGACCGCACUGAAAUUGGAAAACAGUCAGCUGAGACGGGAAACCGCCAGCCUCGAAGAGAACAUGAAGCGAGAUAUCGACGACUUGAAGAGGUCAAAGAGUGGACUGGAGGAGGAGGUUAACCUGCUCUCGGAGGAGCUGCAGGAAGUGGCGACGGACGCCAAGAUGCACGAAGCUGCUGCAGCGAAGGCUAAGAUGCAGCUGGAGGAGAAGACUAGUCAGAUGCAGGCCAGAGUGGGUCAACUGCAGGAUCAGAUGAGUAUGUUCCAGGAAUCAGAACAAGCGUUGAAGUCUCAAAACGAGAGUCUGAGGCUGGAGACACAUAACCUCCAAGAGCAAACCGGCAGGGCGGAGGAAAGAGUCUCCGAGAUGCAACAAACCGUCCACAGCCUACAGCAAACAGAGGAAGAUCUGUUGACUCAGCGUUACAGCCUGGAGCAGAAGACUAACAAGCUGCAGGACAAAGUGGAGGAGAUGGAAGGCGAGGUCAUGAUGUACGAGAAGUACGUGGCGGAGACCAAGCAGCGGCUGGAGGAGGAGACUGGUGCGCUUGAGGAGCAGGCUAAGAGCAUGAAGCAGCAGCUGCGCAGGAUGGAAGGGGUGGUGGAGGGCUGCCACGCGACGGAAGCCAGGCUGAAGGAGCAGCUGGAGGAGAAGACUAGAGAGUUUGAGUCCAGGAUUGAAGAGGCAGAAGAAAGUUCCAGUUGGCGGGCAAAGUUUGAGGAGCUUCAAGCAAAGGUGGCACCCUUCAAAGAUCAGCUGGAUCAGUUUGCCGCUGAGCGGACGCUGUUACUGGGCCAGAAGGACGCGGCGCAGAGCGAGAUCAACAAACUGAGCCAGAGCUACGCCAAGCUGCUGGGCCAUCAGAACCAGAAACAGAAGAUCCAACAUGUGGUGAAAAUCAAGGACGAGAACCUCAAACUCAAACAGGAGGUAAACAAACUCCGCGAGGAAAACCUGAAAUACAAGAGCGCCCUCAGGAAGGCGCGAGAUGCAUCGUCGGACCGCCGUCGCUUUGACACCUCCAAGGCAUUCACCAAUCAGAGGUCCAAGGAGAACGCCACCCCAUUGGCCGAUCACAACUCGACCAUUCGCUGAAAUAACGACCACCGAAAGUA